ACAGCAAAAAACUUUGAGAUUGCUUUUGCAGAGAGAGUGGUGAGCGCACUUGGCGGACAUGCGGGCCCCACAAUCCAUCAAUGCUCCUCCCUCCCUCCACUAUCAUCAUCAUCUUCUUUCUCUUUCUACCUGAAAACCCCUGCUUCAUCUUCUUUACCCUCUCCUCACUCACUAUAAUCCUUGUUUCUUCUCCAACCCAUUGUCUUCUAUCUUCAUCUCUAAAACAACACAAACCCUUUUCACAGCUUCACUGAUCAAUACUAAUGGCAUCCAACGAAGCAAUGCAGGAGGAAUCCUCCAAUGCUACUAAUGGUGGUGGUGGUCAUCAUCAUCAUGAUGACCUCGAGUUGGGCCUUGCUCUCACCCUCGGUGGUGGUUGUGGUGGUGGCGGCUCUUCAUGGGGUGGUGGUGGUCAUGAAUUAUAUGGAAGGAUUUUAACUGCCAAAGAUUUCCCCAAUGGGUUUUCCUCUUCAGCCACAAGAUCAGGACCCUCUGUUCAAUCUCAUUCUGUCACUGCUAUCAGUAGUAACAACCAGGUUGUGGGAUGGCCACCUAUAAGGGCUUAUAGGAUGAACACUUUGGUAAGUCAAGCAAAGACACAAAAGGAACCUGAUACUACUACUCCUACUAAUAAUAAACUCAUUGUUAAUGGAGACCACACCGAUGAUGUAGAACAAAUCAAAGAUGAUGACAUGAUCAUCUGCAGGAAGAAUGUAAACAAUGAUAUUGGGUUUGUUAAGGUGAAUAUGGAUGGUAUACCAAUUGGAAGAAAGGUUAAUUUGAAGGCCCAUUUAACCUAUGAUGCUCUGGCUAAUACUGUUGAAGACAUGUUCUUCAAUUCCAACUCCUCCUCCUCCUCCUCAUUGAAUGGAGAAAAGAAGAAGACUGUUAAGCUGCUCGAUAGCUCGUCGGAGUUUGUUCUCACUUAUGAAGAUAGAGAUGGAGAUUGGAUGCUUCUUGGAGAUGUUCCAUGGGGAAUGUUUAUCAGCAAUGUCAAGCGGCUUAGAAUUAUGAGGACAUUUGAGGCAAACGGGCUUUCUGCUCCAAGGCUUCAAGCAAAGAAAUGAAAAAGGAAGAUUGGGAGAAAACCAAUUUAGAACUCAUUUACACAAUCUAUUGGUGAAAUUGAAGAUGUCUCACUUCAAAAGCAAGAAGAGUCACACUUAGCAUUUUUUUUUUCUGUUUUUUUGUUCCUUUACCAUGUUUAUGAAAAUGUCAUCAAUUUUAUUUCAUCUUUCAUAUAGUGCAUGUCAAUGUAUACACUCAGAUACUUUGCUGAUGCAACUUUCUCAUACUGUAAAUAUGGGGAAUGCUUCACAUCAAAGUGUGUUCUUAUUUGUUUAUUUUCAAUGUGUUUGCACAUUUUGUUUGUGUGUUUGA